AUGUCUGAGAACUACGCAAAGAACCGCCCUGACGGCUUUAACAAUCGUAUCGAACGAGUUGCGAUCGUCGGUGCUGGCGGCUCUAUUGGCCAACACUUGGCCAAGGCGCUCCUCGGGACUGGCAAGCACGCAGUAACUGCCAUCACUCGUGCAGGAAGCACCAGCAAGAUCCCCUCUGGUGCUAAGGCUGUCGCCGUCGACUACGAGGAUGAAGACUCUAUUGUCGCCGCUCUCAAGGGCCAACAGUUCCUUAUCAUCUCCAUGUCUAUCGCAGCUCCUCGGGGUACGCAGGAGAAGCUCAUUCAGGCAGCCGCAAAAGCUGGUGUCUCUUGGGUGAUGCCUAACUGCUAUGGCACCGACUUUACCAACGUAUCCCUAGGGGAGGAGGGCCUCACCCGUCAGGCAGUCAUGACGGGCAUCACGGCUGCUGAAGAGGCUGGUGUGUCUUGGAUCGCCAUGGGCUGCUCUUUCUGGUAUGAGCUCUCCCUUGCCCAAGGCGCCGACUGGUUCGGCUUCGACCUCAGGAACAACCAGAGGAAGAUUACCUUCUAUGAUGAUGGCAAGACGCGCAUUAAUACUUCGACCUGGCCGCAAUGUGGCCGAGCUAUCGCCUCUCUCCUGAGUCUAAAGGAGUUACCUGAGGAUGAGAACGAUAACUCGACUACGAUCUCGAACUGGCGAAAUAAGCCACUCUGGGUCUCUAGCUUCCUAAUUUCUCAGAGGGAGAUGCUCGAUAGUGUGCAGCGUGUAACGGGCACAACAGAUAAGGACUGGGUGAUUGAAUACGAGGGCAGUAAGGAACGUUGGUUACGCGGCAUGGGAAUGCUAAAGAAGGGGAAUUCUGACGGUUGGUCCAUCGCGAUGUACGCGAGGACAUUCUACCCCAACGGUGACGGAAAUAUUGAGGCUAAGUACGGUCUAGCAAAUGAGGCCCUUGGACUUCCUAAGGAGGACUUGGAUGAGGCUUCUAAGAGAGCUAUGGAGAUGGCGGAGAGAGGCUAUGACUAUCGAACCAACCGCAUUUAG